ACGCACAGCAUCGCCAUCAUGCAACGACCAAAGUGCACAUUCUUCCGCUCCGACACUUCCGUGCUGCUCACAUCAGCGCCCAUCUGGAAAGUUCCAUGCUGCCGCGGCUCUUGACGGCGCCCCACCCCCCGCGCCAACCCUCGUGCCAAUCACGCCUCGUUGACGCCGUCUCUUCCGGGCUCAUAAUCGCCCCUUCACCCUCGCCCACCCUCUUCAGGGUCAGUGUUUCUUCUCUGCUCAUCCGUCGGCAUGCCUCCUGGUAAUGAGUAUGCUGCUGAGCAGCUCAAGGCUCAGGGAAAUGCAUGCUUCAAGACUGGCGAUUACGAAGGCGCCGAGGCGUACUAUUCUCAGGCUAUCCAGAAGAACUCCAGCAAUCCGCUGCUGUUCACAAAUCGCGCCAUGGCGCGAAAUAAGCUGGAGAAGUGGGACGGUGUCAUAGACGACUGCAUCAGGAGCAUCGAGCAGCUGCCAGAGAAUAUGAAAGCGUUUCACCUGCUCUCGCAAGCCCAGCUCGCCGUAAACCACCCCAACGAGGCGCUAUCAAGUGCGCUCAAAGCCUACGAGUACUGUACCAAGUCCACACAGCAGACGACCUUCUCCAACGCCGCACUGAUCUCACAACAUGUUUUGAAGUGUAAAAAGCGCAAGUGGGACAUUCGCGAGCGGGAGCGCAUAAGGAGGCGUGGUAACCUUCUCUCCGACUUGGAGGGUAUGCUUGAGCGGGAUCAUAAAAUGGAGCUGGACGAGAUCGAUGCUCGCAUGGAGUCCGGCAACAUAGGUCACACAGAAGGCCACGAGGAGAAGGAAGAGCGCCGUCUCGAAUUUGAAAAAAAGCGCGACGACCUGCGCACCGCGUUUGCCAUCUCCGACCCUGACAACCAGGAGAAGCGCGAAGUGCCCGACUAUCUUGUCGAUGGGAUUACGUUUGAAAUCAUGCAUGAUCCAGUCGUCACGAAUAACGGGAGAAGCUAUGAGAGAGCCACGCUGAUUGAGCAUCUGAAGCGGAAUCCCACGGAUCCACUUACAAGAGAGCCGCUGAAAAUCAGUGAGCUGAGGCCAAACCUGGCGCUGAAAGAUGCCUGUCAGGAAUUCAUUGAGAGCAACAGUGGCUGGAUAUAUGAUUGUCAAGAAGGCGAAGUAGACCCCGACAGUCGUUGGGCGCAUCUGUCGCAUUGUUGAAGUAGAGGGGCCUCCAUGUUUUUGCAUUGAUUGGAGUCCCAAAUCGUCCACAUGACACAUCGAGCCUGUUCAAGCGACUGGUUUUUGCUAUAUACCCUUGCAAUACUCUUCACUCUUCAUUUUUCACAUCGCUCGACGGCUUACCGUCUCAUGCCAAUCUCCAGCUGAACAUUGCCCCUGUCUUCAAGUUUGCACGCGUGGUACAGCAGUACAACAUAUCAGGCACACCCCAAGUUUUGGCAACAACCUCGUGCUAAGUUCGGUGCCAAGUGUGCGCGAUGUCUUCGUCACAUCAUCGACGUCAACACAAGAUAUAGCAUCAUUCCUCAACUCGCUUGCUUUACAGUAC